UGGAAGUGGGUGUAAACCACAUGGACGAAAAUUUUACUUUAAAAAGAAAAAGGAAAAAAACAGGGGCUGCUUUCAAAAACACACUGCAACCAAACUGAACUUCUUCAUCUUCACAAAGAAGUUGAUACAACGUCCCUUUUCACCUCCCCAGAUUGCUGAUACCUCGUAUCCCUGCUAACUUUAAUCUCCCAAUGGAUUACUCCAAAUCAGUAAUCCCCUCACACCUCUUCGGCGACCGAGGCUCCAAUCUUGUCGUCAUUAAUCCAGGGUCUGCGAAUAUACGAAUUGGGUUGGCUCAACAGGAUGCCCCCUUUAAUAUUCCUCAUUGCAUUGCAAGGCGUAUGACCGGAGCUAAUGAAUCGCCCAGACGAAAUCUGCAAGAUCAGAUGCUGAAUUCUCAAGUUACAACAGCUCAACAUGUAGAAAGGGAGAAAGCGUACGACAUUAUUGCAUCCUUGUUGAAGAUACCAUUUCUCGAUGAAGAGGUCGCAAACAACUCUCACCCACGAAAGAUGGGUCGUGUUGAUGUAUUAUCGCAACAAAACAGUAAGAAAGAGACUGUGUUUCCGUGGACCGAUGUGUUCCAAAAAAGUCAAAGUAAAGAGGCAUCUACGGCACCAGAAAGUUCAUCACGUGAACAUGAAACAAUCGAGUCCCCGGGCCCACAUGAAAGUAACGAUGGGGAUAAGCCGCAGACUAGUGAAUUGAAGUACAAAGAGUACAUAUGUGGUGAAGAAGCUAUGCGUAUUUCUCCAACCGAACCGUAUUGUUUAAGACGUCCUAUACGCAGAGGCCAUCUUAAUAUUUCUCAAUAUUAUCCCAUGCAACAGGUACUUGAAGAUAUACAAGCCAUCUGGGACUGGAUAUUGAUCGAUAAACUACAUAUCCCUCAUAGUGAGAGAAACAUGUAUUCUGCUCUUAUAGUAGUGCCUGAAACAUUUGAUAAUCGAGAAAUCAAGGAGAUAUUAUCUAUCAUAUUACGUGACUUGCGGUUUAGUUCAGCAGUAGUCCAUCAGGAAGGUCUGGCUGCAGUGUUUGGAAAUGGAUUAUCAACAGCAUGUGUUGUGAAUAUUGGUGCUCAGGUCACUUCAGUUAUUUGUGUCGAGGAUGGAGUUGCUCUUCCUCAUACACAAAUGACGUUACGUUUUGGCGGAGAGGAUGUAUCAAGAUGCCUUUUGUGGACUCAAAGACAUCAUCAGACAUGGCCACCUAUUCGUACGGAUGCGCUUGCUAAACCGAUAGAUUUGCUGAUGCUGAAUAGGCUCAAAGAAUCUUACUGCCAGAUUUAUGAGGGGGAAGUUGAAGCUGUCGGGGUAGUUCAUUCAUAUGAAGAUGGUUUGCCACCUGGAUCUCAUAAGACAAGGCUAACUGCUCUUAACGUGGCGCCUAUGGGUCUUUUCUAUCCUACGCUUUUGGUUCCAGAUGUCUAUCCUCCACCACCUCGUUCUUGGUUUAAAGAUUAUGAAGAUAUGCUAGAAGACACCUGGCAUAUCGACUUCCCCAGGAGACCUGAUGUAUCAGACGGCUUAUACUCAGGCAUAAAUAAUCCAUUACAAAUGUGGGAUAAUUAUCCGUACAUGUCAAAUCAGCAGAAGAAAGAAGAUAAUAUCGGGCUUGCAGACGCCAUUACAAAGAGUAUCCUUUCAACAGGGCGUAUAGAUUUACAGAGAAAGUUGUUUUGUAGCAUGCAGCUGAUUGGUGGAGUCGCUUUGACAGCGGGUCUUAUUUCGGCUGUGGAGGAGAGAGUUUUACAUGCUAUUCCCUCAAAUGAAGCAAUUGAUACUGUUGAGGUAUUGCAAUCAAGGACCAAUCCGUUGUUUGUGCCAUGGCGAGGCGGAGCCAUACUGGGUGUAAUCGAUUAUGGGCGUGACGCUUGGAUACAUCGAGAAGACUGGAUUAAAAACGGGAUUCAUAUAGCAGGAGGCAGAAAAUACAAGGACUCUUAUUAUCUUCAAGCACAACCAAUGUGUUACAUAAACUCCUAGAUAUUAAAAACACGCUUCGUUCAUGUUAUUAACCGUCCACUAGUCGCCAACUUUUUCGGACUAACUUUGAAACACAAUGAGCAGAUUGAAUUUGUAGUUUGAUCUAUUGAAUGAUAUGAUUGAAAAAUGAGAAUAAAUAGUAAUUGUUUUUGA